GUGCAGCUAUGCUGGCACUGGCUUCCGAAACAUUGGCUCCCCGGCUUUCGGCAUGAAGCGCAAGCCGUUUGUGGGUGGCAACUGGAAGUGCAACGGCAAGGUUAGCCAGGUGAAGGAACUUCUGACGGCGUUCAAGGGUGCUGGCGCCGAUGCGAAGUUCGUCGACGUUGCGAUUUUCGCGCCAACCCUUCACAUUCCAGCGGCGCAGGAAUCCCUGGCGGGGGAUGCCGUCAUCAAUGUGGGCAUUCAGAACUUCAGCAAGACAGGCGAGGGAGCAUUCACCGGUGAAGUUUCUGCCGGUCAGGUGGCCGAUGCGGGCAUCAAGUACGUCUUGGUGGGCCACUCCGAGCGACGUUCCUUGUAUGGCGAGACUGAUGAGGAUUGCGCCGCCAAGACGAAGGCGGCCUUGGAGAAAGGUUUGACGGUUGUCUUCUGCAUUGGAGAGCAGCUGUCGGAUCGUCAAACGGGCAAGACGACCGAAGUGUGCGAGACCCAGAUGAAGGCCGUCAUCCCUGUGAUUUCGGACUGGUCAAAGAUCGUCAUCGCCUACGAGCCUGUGUGGGCGAUUGGAACCGGAGUCGUGGCAACCCCUCUGCAGGCUCAGGAGACUCACUACCAGGUGCGCCGCAUGAUUCGCGAUGAGUGCGGCUCGGAGGUUGCUGAUGCUGUCCGAAUCAUUUACGGCGGCUCUGCGAACGAGAAGAACUGCAAG